AUGUCAGGCUCACAGUCACGCAAAUACUCCGCAGAGGAGAAGGAGCAGCUCCUGGCCAAUCUCGAUCUCGAAGUGGCACACAAGACGCGACAGUUUGAAGACUGGCUGGAGGACACGCUCGAGAACUUCAGGCGGCACCAGGAGACCUUGAUUUCGCGCAUGCCGCGCAUCGUCCGCAGCGUCACCAUGCGAGAGUUUGCCAAGUACAAGGGCGACAUCCAAGCGGCGGUCAAAGGAUUGUCUCGGGAACUGUUGGGCUCGGAGGACGCGACGAUUGACUUGACCACUCGGAAACGGAAGUGGGUCGAGAGUCAGGAGGUGGAAGGGAAGGAGGAGCCAGCAAGAGGUGUCAAGAAUGCUCGUACAGUAGUCGCCACGCCCAAGAAGAAACCCGUCGCAAGUGUUGUGCCCCAAUCUGCGCAGAAAUCACGUCUUCCGAUUACCAAGACCCCAGCUAAGACACGUAACAUAUCGCGCAUACCCUCCGGCGCAGUGUCACCAAGUCCACAGAAGGGCGUGUCCAAACCUCUCGGCUUCCCCCGCACACCCUCUCGAUUUGCAUCUCCUGCCAAACCCUCACAAGCCCGUGCUACCAACUCCCGUGUACCAUCAUCAUCAACAUUCAACCCCGUCCUCCCCUCAGAAGCCUCACAUCCACGUUGGCCACGCAAAGAUGAGCGGUUACGUAGCGCGAACGGUUCCCCUCUGGCGAACCCAUAUCAACUAGACCUCAAGAAUUGGUUCAAAGCCGUUACAGAAGAACCAGAACCUGGUGAUUCGGGUGGCAAGUUACGGCUCAACGACGGCGGCACAGGUGGAGGUGGAGGCGCCAGGACAUUGAAGAAGCAACGAAGUAUUAUCGUCCGCUCCACAUCGUCCUCAUCAAGUCUCGCAGCGGCGUCCCACGGAUCGCAUUCACGAUCAGCAUCGCAAGCGAGCACACUCGUGGGCGCGCAUUCACCCACUCAGGAGCAGUUUGGCAAAGACCAACGCAAGGGGAGCACCGUCGGGGAGCAGGUCCCGCUGGACGAUCCAUUUGUUAGCCCAUCGUUCUCUGCGCUCGUCUCUGUUCAGACGAAGGACGGACACGUCCUCGAGUUCAACCCCCUGCAGACGUCACCGGAGGAACUCGAUGCGUUGGAAGGCAUCACGGACAGCGCGAAGAAGCAGGCGAAGGAGGAUAUGGCACGGAUGAUACAAGCUACAUUCGAGAGGUGGCGGAUCAGUUAG